AGUGAGAGGAAGAGAGUGGAGGUGAAACAGAUUGUGUAUGAAGAAUAGAAAGAAGUGGAAUUGAGAGUGUACGGGUGCAUAAACAGAGAACAGAAUUUAAUUGGGCAAAGCAGGUGUAUUUGAUUAUUUAGGGAUUGGAAGGGUUGUCAAUUCUUGUCCUGCAGCUAUGCUUCUCAACACCUUCUAAUGGCAUUGAUUGGGAAGCAAAUUAAUCCAGAACCUCUGUGAAGAUUUUUCUCACUGCAACUUUCCCCUAGCCAAGGAAGUUGAAAUGGACCCGGGGGGCCCCUCGCCCCUCAUGCAUUUUGUGGUGGCGAAGAAGACUAUCAACGGUAUAUUUGAUAAGCUGCUGGAGUAUGUCAAAGAGAGCUCAGAGUUUGUGGAUGAGACAUGGCGAAGUGCGGAUCUGGAGCAGGUCGCAGUCGAGGAGCAGUGCCUUGAAAUCCAGACCUGUGCUAGGAAACUGGCCACCAUUCAGGAGGUGCUGGCUCGCAGGCACAUGAAGGUAGCCUUUUUUGGGAGGACAAGUAACGGUAAGAGCACGGUGAUCAAUGCCAUGCUGAGGGACCGUGUGCUGCCCAGCGGCAUUGGCCACACCACCAACUGCUUUCUGAGGGUGGAGGGCACAGACAGGGACGAGGCCUACCUCACCACCGAGGGCUCUGAUGACAGAAAAAGCGUCAAGUCUGUCAAUCAGCUGGCCCAUGCCCUGCAUAUGGAGCGCAGUCUAGACUCAGGCUGCCUAGUGAAGGUGUUCUGGCCCAAGUCCAGGUGUGCCCUGCUGAGGGAUGACCUUGUUAUUAUGGACAGCCCAGGGACUGAUGUGACCUCUUACCUGGACAGCUGGAUCGACAAGUUCUGUCUGGACGCUGACGUCUUUGUGUUGGUGGGCAAUGCAGAGUCCACACUGAUGAACACAGAGAAGCUGUUUUUCCACAAAGUGAGCGAGCGCAUAUCCAAGCCAAACAUUUUCAUCCUGCACAACCGCUGGGAUGCCUCUGCGUGGGAGCCCGAGUACAUAGAUGAAGUGCGUAAGCAGCACAUGGACCGCUGUGUGAGUUUCCUGGUGGAGGAGCUGAGGGUGGUGAGUCAAGAGGAGGCGCCGGGACGGAUCUUCUUUGUGUCGGCCAAGGAGGUGCUCAGCUCCAGGAUGCACUGUGCCCAGGGCAUGCCCGAGACAGGUGGCGCUUUAGCAGAGGGAUUCCACGAGAGACUGAGGGAGUUCCAGAGAUUCGAGAGAACAUUUGAGGAGUUCAUCUCACACUCUGCGGUCAAGACCAAGUUUGAGCAGCACACGCUCAGUGCGUGGCAGAUCACAGAAGCAAUCAAAACAGUCAUGGACGCCAUAAAUAUUGCAUCUGCCGAAAGGAAGAUAUUUUCCCUGGAGGACCGAGAGGACCAGAAGGACCGUCUGGAGUUUGUCAGAGGCCAACUUAACCGCCUGACCGAGAACGUCAAAGAGAAGAUCGAGACCAUAACAGAUGAGGUGGCCGCCAAGGUGACCGUUGCCAUGCUGGAGCAGAUUUGUGGUCUCCCAGCGCUGGUUGAUGAGUUCAGUGCUGAUUUUAUACCAACCCCACAUGCAUUGCCGCUCUACAAAGCAAAGCUUAUGAUGCAUGUGGAAGAGAGGAUGAGUACAUCUUUGGCCUUUCGUUGUUCCACUGGGAUCAUUGGCAAAAUGCAGUCAUCCCAGAAAAACAUGAUUGAGAGUAUUCGGCCACUGCUGCCCCCUGAUGUCCAGGAGCAGCUCCACAUUCACCUACCCAGCAGGAAGUUUGACUUGACCUACGACCUUAACCUGGCCACCCUCUGCACUGACUUCCAGGAGAACAUCGACUUCCAGUUCUCUCUCGGCUGGACUGCCCUUGUCAGUCGAUUCAUUGGGCCCAGCAAUGCCAAGCAAGCCCUGACGGCCAUGAACCAUAAGUUUCAGAAUACCUCUCCUACUGCACUCCAGGAACAGGGUGGAACCAGCCUACAGGACCACAUGGUCUUCUCCAUGGCAACAGGUGUAGUGUCGCUCACCUCCAGAGCCUCCAUGACUGUGCUUGUCAUUGGCGGAGUGGUGUGGCGCUCAGUGGGCUGGAGACUCAUCGCCUUCUCCACAACACUUUAUGGCCUGCUCUACCUGUACGAGAAGCUGACGUGGACCAACGCCUCCAAGGAAAGGGCUCUGAAGCAGCAGUUUGUGGAGCUCGCCAUCCACCGACUAAGGGCCAUCAUCCCCUUCACCAGUGGGAGCUGCAGCCAGCAGGUUCACCAGGAGUUGGCAACGACCUUUGCCCGUCUGUGCCAGCGGGUUGACCUGAGCGAGGUGGAGCUGGAGGGGCACAUCCGACAAUUGAGCGGUAGGAUCCAGAGACUGGAGAACGUCCAGCGACGCUCCAAGACGCUCAGACACCGAGCCACAGAUCUGGAGUCUCAGCUGGAGGCGUUCUCUGCCCAGUAUCUGCAAAAUCAGUGAACAAGGAGCUACAUUGAGGUUUUCAAUGGAACUGGUUCUAAAAUGGUCUGCUGUACCAUGAUCAUUCUAUACAGAAUAUACUCAAUUUCCAAGAACCAAUUUAAAACCAAAAACAGACAUUCCCACAACUUCCAAGGAACCAAAUGUUCUAGCUGGAUAGCAUCUGGAUGUGUCAUUGCAUGUGUUGUCGCAUGGGGCACAUACAGGUAAAGCGUAUUCAGACCCCUUUACUUUUUCCACAUUUUGUUACGUC